CUGAUUUUCUUCAAUUUCUGUUUUCCCUCGCUCGAGAUAAAACCCUAACCACCUAAUCUUCCCAAGUUGGAAAAUCUUUCUGUUUGGGUGAAAGGCCAAGUGGGGAAGCCCUUUUUCGUGGAGAAGUUUCAACUUUCAAUCGCUUAGAAAAGGCUGCUCUUCGAAUCCUUCAAUGCGAAGCUGAGAGACGACGUUCGCAGCCAUGGCCGCCAUUCGAAAGCUCGUCACUUUGCGCUCCUAUUCACAGAGAACGAGCUUUUCUAUCUUGGGUAUACCACAAGGAUUUGGAGGGUGUACUAGGAGGUACGGGGUUUUUAGUGCUUCGGCUGAAGCUGAGACUUUGGAUUUUGAUGAUGAAGUUUCGAAGAUCAGAAAUCAAUUUGAGGCAGCGAAGAACAAUUUUCUUAGUGUCCCAGAGUCGUUAGCUGGAAUGCCGAAAAUGAAUCCCAAAGGGAUCUAUGUGAAUAAGAACCUGAGGUUGGAUAACAUUCAAGUGUAUGGAUUCGACUAUGAUUACACAUUAGCACAUUACACUUCCAACUUGCAGAGCUUGAUCUAUGAUCUUGCCAAGGAGCAUAUGGUCAAUGAGUUUAGGUACCCUGAAAUAUGCAUGACGUUCACAUAUGAUCCUACUUUCCCGAUUAGAGGUUUAUACUAUGACAAGAAAAAUGGGUGUCUCUUGAAGCUCGAUUUCUUUGGGUCAAUUGAGCCAGAUGGAUGCUACUUUGGUCGACGCAAGCUUAGCAGGAAGGAAAUCGAAGAGAUAUAUGGCACAAGACAUAUUGGUCGUGAUCAAGCUCGUGGACUUGUUGGUCUCAUGGAUUUCUUCUGCUUUAGUGAGGCAUGUCUCAUUGCUGAUAUAGUGCAACACUUUGUCGAUGCUAAGCUAGAAUUUGAUGCAUCUUAUAUCUAUCAAGAUGUGAAUCGUGCCAUUCAGCAUGUUCAUCGUAGUGGAUCAGCUCACAGGGGGAUUCUUGCCAACCCGCAGAAAUAUCUUCUGAAAAAUCAUGAAGUCCUUCGCUUCCUUGAGAUGCUGAAGGAGAAAGGGAAGAAACUUUUCCUGCUGACCAACUCUCCUUAUUACUUUGUGGAUGGGGGAAUGCGUUAUAUGUUGCAGGAUUCUAUUGGUUGCAGAGAUUGCUGGAGGGAUCUUUUUGAUGUCGUUAUUGCCAAAGCCAAUAAGCCAGACUUCUACACUUCUGAGCACCCAUUUCGAAUCUAUGACACAGAAAGGGACACUCUGACUUUCACAAAGGUGGAGUCUUUUGUCCCAGAUAAAAUCUAUUACCAUGGAUGCCUCAAAUCCUUCCUUGAAAUUACCAAGUGGCGUGGUCCAGAGGUGAUUUAUUUUGGUGAUCACUUAUUUAGUGAUCUUAGGGGCCCUUCGAAGGCUGGUUGGCGAACUGCUGCUAUAAUACGUGAACUAGAAAACGAAAUACGUAUACAGAAUGGGGAUAGAUAUCGGUUUGAGCAGGCAAAAUUCAAUAUCAUACAAGAAAUGCUGGGGAGAUUGCACGCAAUUAUACCAAACAGCAACAGGAGUGAUGCAUACAGAUGUCUCGUUGAGGAGCUGAACCAAAAGAGGCAAGAGGCGAGGAAGACGAUGAGGAAGAUGUUCAACCAGUCGUUUGGCGCCACGUUCCUAACAGACACGGGUCAGGAAUCAGCUUUCGCCUAUCACAUUCAUCAGUAUGCAGAUGUGUACACCAGCAAGCCCGAGAAUUUCCUCCUCUAUCCGCCCGAGGCAUGGCUUCAUGUACCUUUCGACGUCAAAAUCAUGCCCCAUCAUGUCAAGGUCCCUUCGAGCUUAUGCAGCACUUGAUCGAUCUGAUAUCAGCCGUCAAGACAGCCACAUUUUGAUAGCUUUCUCGUGGCUGAAGGUUUUUGCAUUUGAAAUGGCGGCCAUCCGAGUUUAGCCAAAACAGAAUAAUGUAGGAUGCAAACUACUAUAUAGACACUGGUAGUAUUCUUUGCUAUUGAUUAGACAUCUGAAAUCCAAACCUUCCCCAUUUGUGAAGUGAGGAUGCCCUUUUGGUCUUUGUAAUUGUAUAUAUACCAGAUGAGACACGACUUCCCCACAAAACUGGAAUAUGUGACUUUGUUCCUUCUAUCAGUAUGUUAUGACAUGUUGGUUGUUGCAGCAGCCAAUCUAAUACUAAAAGGUAAUUAUUGUCGAAUAAACUAUAAGAAACUGUCUAUCUACUUCUCUUGUUCGAUACCAUGGCCGUACGGUUAGCUUUGAUCCUAAGAAAGGAUACUAAUCAAAUCUGAUCACCUCUUAAUCUAACUUCCUGACUUGCUUUGUCUUCUUAGUAUGGUUAGGCUUCCCAUUUGGCGGCUCUUGGGAACCUGUAGGGGUGGGGUUAAGACUGUAAUUAUCCGCCAUGGUUGGUCUACUUACCAAACGGCAAAUUAUUCCCUCCCCUUUAUACUUUGGGGCCAAAAUCUACCUUUAAGGCUUUAACCUUCUUUUCCCACUGAUACGUUUGGCUGACGUACGAUUACUGUUUCUUAACUGAAUCCUUAUCGGUCACUCCUCCUCAUCGUUAAUGGACUUAUCAUCCAUGGAAAAUAAGAUCAAUAGACUCAAAAAUAAAAAGAAAAUGACAUUUCGGGAAAUGGCCCAAAAUCUAUGAUAGUAGUCCUUUGGAAUGUGCCAAAAAUUGACCUAGAAUAAAUCCGCCGAAAUUUGUGCUUAACGGACGUAAUCAUCGUUGAAUAAUAGCCUUAGGCCGAAUCCGUGAUGUGUAGCCCUCAAAAUCCAAAGAAAAUGACCUUUCGUCACCCAAAAAUUACGAAAAUGGCAUACGAAAAUAAAUUGGCCCAAAUCGGUGCUUAAUGGACUUAUCAACGGUGGAGAAUAUUAUCAAUAGACUUCAUUGUCGGUGGAGAGUAGCCUUGGCCUGAAUCCGUGAUCUAUAGCCUCAAGAAUUGAAAGAAAAUGACAUUUUGGGAAGAUCACACAAAAUCUGUGAUGGUACCCCUAUGGAAUCUGCCAAAAAUUGACCCGAAAUAAAUAUGCCUAAAGUUGUUUAAUGGACGUAAUCAUCGUAGAGGAAUAGCCUUAGGGCGAUACCGUGAUCUUUAACCUUCUGAAUCCAAAGAAAAUGACCUUUUGUCACCCAAAAAUUACAAAAAUGUCAAAAAUAAAUUGGCCCGAAUCAGUGCAUAAUGGACGUAAUCAUCCAUGGAGAAUAGGAUCAAUAGACUUCAUUAUCGGUGGAGAAUAGCCUCAACCUGAAUCAGUGAUCUGUAUCCUCCAGAAUCGAAAGAAGAUGACAUUUCGGGAAAAUCGCUUAAAAUCUAUGAUGGUACCCUUUUAUAAUCUGCCAAAAAUUGACCCGGAAUAAAUCCUCCAAAAUCAGUGACGUAAUCAUCGUAGAGGAAUAGCCUCAAGGCCGAAUCCGUGAUCUUUAACCUUCAGAAUCCAAAGAAAAUGGCCUUUUGUCACCCAAAAAUUACGAAAAUGCCAUCAAAAAUAAAUUGGCCAAAAUCGGUGCUUAAUGGACGUAAUCAUCCAGGAGAAUAGGAACAAUAGACUGCAUUGUCGGUGGUGAAUAACCUCGGGCCUGAAUCCUUGAUCUGUAGCCUCAAGAAUCAAAAGAAAAUGGCAUUUCGGGAAAAUUGCCCAAAAUCUGUGAUGGUACCCCUCUAGAAUCGGCAAAAAAUGGACUCGGAAUAAAUCUGCCCAAAUAUUGUGCUUAUCGAACGUAAUCAUCAUUGAAGAAUAGACUCAGGCUGAAUCU